UCCCUAAAGAAUGUAAGAAGCUGGUGAUUACCUCUGCUGCAAAUAAAUGGAGGGAAUUUAAAAGCAAAUUGACCAACAAGUACAUUAUCCCUUAUAUGGAUACCCCUGAAUUGCUUGAAAAUCCACCGGAUGAUUAUCGAUGUGUUAAGAAGGCUGAUUGGGAUAUCUUUGUCGCUGACAGGAUUUCAGCAAAAUUCCAGGAACUGCGUGAUGCACAAAUAGAAAAAAGAAAGGAAAAUCGGUACCCUCAUCGUAUGGCACGUAAAGGAUAUGCUAACUUAGAAGCCGAACUGUCCGAGUCAAUCCCCUCACAGAAACUGGAUCGUGCGACGAUGUGGGUGAAGGCACGGCAAGAUAAGAAUGGCUGCUUCAAAGAACCUGAGGUGGAGGAGACGGCAGAAAGAAUUGAAAGGUUAAAGAAAAAGGAGUCUGACGGAGAGCUUACAACAGAUGGUUCAGAUGAUGUGCUCACCUUAGCAUUGGGGAAACCAGAGCAUCCUGGGAGGGUACGAGGCGUUGGUGGUUUCACCAAACCAGCUUCAUACUUUAACCUCCCAAAAAGCAGAAAGAAAAGUGUGGAAGAGACUUUGAGGAAGAGUGUGAAGUUGAUUUUGGAGGAGGAGAAGGAAAGUAUAAAUAGCUGCUGUAGUGAUGGAAUAUGA